AUGGUGUAUGAUUCUAAUCAAAAAAAAGGGGAUACCCCUGAUCCACAAAUAAUUAAUAAUACUAAUGAUCCGAUUUAUAAUAGUAAAAAGUGCACAUUAUUAUAUAAUGAUAUAAAUAAUGAUUUGACAAAAACAAAACAAGAAAAAAACAUUUUGCUGAUAGAUAAUAAAGAAUUUUGUAACAAGACACAUAAUGGAAAUUAUAAUUACAACAUUAAGCAUAGUAAUGUAGUAGAAAAUAAUUGUAAUAUUAAUAGAACAGAACUUAAGACAAAAAAUUGUGAUAUACUAGACAACUCCAAUAUUUUAAAAGCAGAUGAAGGAACUGACGAACUAGAUAGAGAUACAAAUAUAGACGAACAUUUUGUUGUUUCAAAAAAUGAAAAAAAUUGUUCUACACCCAUUUCCUAUUAUGCUAGAGAAAUAAAAGUAAAUAAGCAUUUUAGUAAUAUUCCAUUUGCUGAAGAAUAUUAUCAAUCUUCCAAAAUAUAUGAAAAUAAUUAUAGUUGUGAUUCUACAAAUAAGACAUUUUUAAAUAUUAAAAAUAAAUUUAUUCAACAAAAUAAUGCUAAACAAAAUGAUAUAAUUAUUCAUGAGGAUAAAUCUAAUGAAGCUGAUAGUGCAGACAAUGAAUGGAAAACUGAAAAAAGCUAUACCAAUAAAAGGUUUAUAGAGAUAAAAAAAAAUAAUAUAAUUUUUUCAAAUGAAUUAAAAAAUAUAUAUAAAGGGUCAAAAUUUAGUAUAUCAAAUAAUAGACGAAGUUUUAACAAAUUAAAGGGUAUUAAUCGUGGUAAAAUUUUGAAAAAAGUUAUAAAUAUAAACAAGUCAAAGAGCCUAAAAAAAAAUAAAAAUAACAAUAGUAACAAUAACAAUAUUAAGAAGAAGAAAAAGAAAAAAAAAAAUACAAUUUAUAGAAACACUUUUAAUAUCUCAAAUUUGUUGAAAGAAAUAAUUAUAUUAAGUAGUCCUUCUCAAAAUGAUUCAGAUGAUGAUAAUGUGAUUAUAAAAAAUGAUAUAAAUAGUUUAGACAAAAAAAUUAUGAACAAUGCUAAUAUAAUAGAACAAUAUGGUAGCUUAAGUGAAAUAAGAAAUGAAGACGAAUUAAAAGACAAAGUAAAUAAAACACAAAUCCCAUUGGUUAGAUAUAAUAGUAAAGAUGAAGAUACCACAAAUUUUUUAGUUGCUCACAAAAAAAAUUAUCAAAGAAAUCGAUAUAUAGAUAUAUUAAAAGGAGAACAUAUUGAAAAUAGUCCAGAACCAAUAAGAGAGUAUUCAUCUCAAAGUAUAAAAUAUUUUGAAAUAAAAAAAGAGAGUAUUACUUGUGAUGAUAUUGUUUAUGAAAAAUGUAUUAAUGAUGAAAUUGUUAAUAAUGUUAUUUAUAAAAAAGAAAAAGACGAAGAAAUAAAAAAAAAUAUGAAAUACGAUUCGAAAUAUAAUCCUGAAUCGAUUUGUGCUAAUUUAAAGAACAAUGCUAAUCUUUUAAAUGAAAAACCAAAUAAGAUAGAAACCAAUUUAAGAAUAAUUAAAAAGGCCAUUCCGACUACCCCAAGUUAUGAAUUAAAAAAAGUAACGAGUUUUGAAAAAAAAAAAAAUAUACCUUUGUCUACAAAAAACAAUCAAGAAAAAUUAUCGGGAAAAUAUACACGUAAUAAUGAUAAUCAGAAAUUUGGACUUUACAAAAGUGGAAAUAUUAAUAUAAAAUUAAGAGGAGCACAUGUAAAUACUGAAAAAAAAAAUAUUGCAAUUAUUUCAGAUGCUCUAAAAAUGAUAGAUAAUAAUAUUAUAGAAAGUGAUAGUUAUAUGGGUAGUAUGUAUAAUAUGAAAAAUAAAGAGAAAGAAGAAAAAGAUAAACGAGGAAAAAAUGAAAGACCAUUUAAUAAAAACACUAAAAUAAGUAGUGAAAAAAAUGCAAAAAAUGGAUUAAAUGUUUGCCGAAAGAAUAUUAAAAAUAGUACUAUUACUAAUAACCAAAAUAAUAAGGUUGUUAAAAUUAAUUAUUGUCCUUCUAUAAAUAGACAAAAUAUUACACCAACUUAUAUUGAGAGGGAAAAAGAUAAUUCAAAUCAAUAUUCGAAAUUACUAAAGGAAGAAAAAAAAAAUACAUUAUUUAACAAGGGGACUUUAGUUAUGAAUAAGCUUAAUCAAAUAGGAAGUGAAUUAAACAAAUUUAAUUAUAUUAAAAACGAAGAUGUAAAAGAAAAUGAAAGAUUAAAUAACAAAAAAGAACUUAACAAAUCGAAUGAUUCAAUGUGUCAUAGUUCAAGUUCUUAUGAAUGCCCAACAUAUUAUCCAACCGUUUCAAACAUAAAGAAAAAUAAUAAUGGCAUUAAAAGAGAUAACCCAAUACAGAUACAAAAAGUAGAAUCAAAUAAAAAAAAAUUAUCUACAGGGGUUUCUGAAAUAAAAAAUAGCAUAACUUCCCAUUUGAAAAAAAAUGUGUGUAUUAGUAUGGAAGACAGAUUGAAGAACAAGAAUGAAGAUGAAAAUAUGAGAAGACGAAUUGCUACUAAAUUAAAAAGAAUACCAUACAAUGAAAAAUUAAAUGAAAGUAAAUAUGGAACUAAUAAGACUGAAAGAAAAAAAUAUACAAAUAAUAAUAUAAUAAAUAAUAAAUUCGAUAUAAUUAAAAAUAAAAAAAAAGAAAGAUAUCCUCUAGAUGUUGUUAUAUCAUACAAAUGUAAAAAUAUUUAUAUCAAAAUUAAUAUCGAUACAAAUAACGAAGAAUUGGUAAAAUGUGGAUACCAAAAAAUAUCGAAGAGAAAUAUACAUUAUAAAUUAACAACAACUAAAAUUGUUGAUGGUAUUAUUAAAUCAACAGAGAAAAAGGUUUAUAAAUCAUCAAAUAUGAUUUUAUUAAAUGCAGAAACUAAUGUUUACUAUAAUAUAACUAUAGAUGCAUUUUCUACAGUCUCACCUACUAUAAGUUUAUAUGCAUCUGCUUUCUUUUUUCUAAAUAAGUUUAAUAUUGAAAAUUUUAAAUUAAAAACACCAUCUUCUUUAUCCUUUGCAAAAGAUAAUCAACCAAUGAUCCCACUUUUGAAAAACACCACAAAAAUAAAAUAUGUUGCAAAAGGAAAAGAAAUUGACUCUCCCAAAAGUGUAACAAAUUGUAGUAUAAAAAGCGGAUUAAUAUGUAACAAAAAGAAAGAAACAAAUUGUGAUGAAAAAAAAAAUAAUAUUUUAGAAGAUAAUUAUGAUGAAAAGGAAAUGCUUUCUAAUGACAUUUUUCAUAGUUCUGUAGAAUCAGAUACAUUUGAAGAAAAUGAUAUUAAAUUAGAAAAUAUAAGUAUUUCUAAUGUAUCAGAGAAAAAUAGUGAAACUAUUGAGCAAAACACAAAAGAAAAUGAUACCGAUAGUUCAUUUAUACAAAGUGAAAAAUGUAAUCUAAUGAAUAAUGACGAUUAUUUAAAUAAUUCAUCAUAUGAAAAACUUUUAUUUGAUUUUAAAAAUAUUAAUAAAAGACAAAUACAAAAUAAUUUAGAAAGUUUUAAAUAUGCAAAUAAUGCAAAUGACAAUGCUAAAAUAGGCAACAACGCUAACAAUUUUUGUCCAACUAAAAUAGCUAAAGCUUCUUCCAAUGAAAGCAUUAAGCAUAUGUCGGUUUUGGAGAAUAUGCUUUAUAAAGAAUAUAAUGCAGAGAGAUUAGGCAAAAAAAAUGAUGAAAAUCUUGUAAAAGAGACAAUAGAAGAAGGCAAAAAAAAUACAAAUUGUAUCAAUGAAAGUGCAAAAGAAAAAAUCGAAGCCUUAAAAAAAGUACUUUUUAAUAAUUCCUCCAUAAAAAAUAAUCAAACCGAGGAAAUAAAAAACAAAAAUAAUAAUAUAAAUAAUUAUUAUGCAGAUAAUAGCUUAUCAAAAUAUAUGUUAGAAAAGGGAAUUGAUAUGUCUAGAUUAGACAACCAAACCGAAAAUGAUUUGAAAUCAAGCAAUGAAGAUAUGAUAUCUGAAAAUAAUAUUUAUAAAAAUUGCAUAGAAAAUAUAGAACCAACAAAUUAUGAACAAUCUAUUGUAAAGGAUGAUGAUAGUAACUGCGAAGAUGAUAGCGAUAUGGAUAUGAUUUACAGAAAGCUUCAAUAUUGUAAAGAAAAUGGAUUUAAUAAUAAUAAAUGUUAUAUUAAAGAAGCAACAAGAAUGGUGGGUACCAAAGAAUGUACUUUAAAAAUAAUAAGAAUUGAAGGAGAAAAAAAUAUAAUACCAGAAAACAAAGGGGCUACAUUAGCUGAUAUUGUAAAGACCCAAUAUGAAAACGCAAAUAACAACUACAACAAUGAAAAGAUACAUACAAAUGAAGAUAACGAGAUGGCUAAAACAAACAAAUAUAACAAUAACUAUUUUUUAGGAAAUAAUUUUACUAAAAUUGUUCAUCCACAAGUUCAUCCACAACAAGAUUGGAUAAAUAUUUCACCCAUAAAAAAUAAAUUAUUUUUGGACAGGUUACAAGAAAGAAAAAUUACAUCAUAUUUUCCAUCAAUUGAUGAUAGCCCUGUUGCAUCUAAUAAUGUUGCUCAAGAAAAUUCUGUAAACGUAAAUGAUAAUAAAAAUGAAAAUAUAGAACCAUUAAAUUCAUUGGGUCAUGAAAACGAAGAAAGAGAUAACCAAGACCCUCGUUUGGAUAGCCAAUAUAAUACAAAUAUAGAAUAUGAUGAAGAAGAUGAAAGAGAAGAAAACAAAAUAAACGAGAGCAACGAAGAUGUUUAUACAAAUGAACCAAUUCUUGAAGUAAAUUCUGCAUCUAAAAAUGGAAUAAAUAAUAGAACCCCAAAUUAUUUAAAUAAUAAUGCAACCAAAUAUCAAAUUAACAAAGAACAAUUUGAGAAUAAAAAUACUCAAGUAAAACAAGACAGGUAUGAAGAUAAUAUCAAUUCUUUUCUAAAUGAAAACAAAGAUGUUAUAAAAAAGUUGGAUAAUGCAGAUUUAAGAACACCUUUAGAUACGCCAUUAAAUAAAUAUGCCCAAUGUGCACAAAAAAAUUUCCUUUUUGAAAAAGAGAUCCAAAACUUGAGAGCUAAUGGUGGAACUUUGACCCCCCCAAUUAAUAAAAUAAAUAAAAAUUUAAUAAAUUAUAAAAACAUAGAUCGAGAAAAUGUUGCAGAAAAUAAUGGAAAAAACGAGAUAAAGGAAAGCAAAUCAGAUGAUGAUAUCAAUACUAACAAUAACACAUAUACUUCAUAUUUUAAAAAAGUAUGUGAUCGAUUAAAUUUAACAGGUAAAAUUGAUAUAUUGAGUAAAACAAAUUCAGCUAUAAAUUUUUUCAACAAGACAUUUAUGAAUAAGCAAAGUCUAUCAACCGAAAAAUCAGAUAACAAUAAAACUAGCCAAGUAAGAGAGAAAAUAUAUAAUUCAGAUGAUUUGUUAUAUAAAAGAAAUAAUUAUAAUAAAACAGGAUCUAUGCUUAAUGAAAAUUCUGAAUAUAAUAAUGCUCAAAAAUUAUAUGAGGCUAAUAAUAACAACAAAAAGAAUAUAAAUAUACAACCUGAGAAAAUUCCACAAAAUAUGGUAAAUCAUAACGAUUUAAUAAAUUUAAAACAAGUGAAAACCGAAAAGGGGUUACCAUAUAUGUAUAUAAAUGCAGACAAAAAUGCAAUGAAGACAAUUAAUAAUAACUUAAAUAUGAAUGAAUAUAAUAAUAACUAUAAAAAUUAUGAACAGGGAAUAAAAUACAUGAAGAAUCCUAAUAUGUUUAUGAAUCCACAAAUGCAAACUAACAGACCAAUUAAAAAUAACAUGGGAUCAAAAUUUGUGCCAAAAUAUUGGAUUAAUAAUAAAGCACCAUUUAAAUGCACUAAUGUAAACAAAAAGAUUAUUACAAAUCCUGAGGUAAAUAAUAAUUCUAGAUUUAUAAACCAUAACAAUUUAAUAAAUAGACAAAAUGGUAUUUAUAUGAAUAGUGCGGAUAUGAAGAAUGGCAGUACUACAUCUAGGCCACAAAAUUGUAUGAUCAAUAUGAAUGCAAUUAACAAUCCCAACAUUAACAACAUGCAAAACAAGAAUUAUUAUUAUAGCAAAAGCGGACCACAACAUAUGUUUCCUCAUCAACAAAAUAUUCCUAAUUAUGAAAAUGCAUACAAUUUAAAUUAUAACAAAAUGCAUAUGCAAAACCUCAAUGGGAAUAAUAUAAGUCGAGUUCCCUCUAAUUUAACAAAUGAAGAAAGGAUUAAAAAAGCAUAUAUGGAUCAAUAUUUGAUGAAAUAUAAUCAAGCAAUUAAUAAUAAACUUAUUCAAAAUAAUUAUAUCGGGAAAACAAUCAUAAAACCAAAUAUGUGUAAUGAAAUGGUUGAUAAUAAAAAACAAUAUAUGCAAAACUAUAAUCAAAAUAAAAUCGACUUGAAUAGAUAUGGAUAUUUUCCAUUACAAGAAAAAGAUAAAGCACCUAUGGUAAAUUCACAUAUACCAUUCAAAAUUAAUAAAGAGUUAAUUAAUUUGGGUAUUAAAAGACAAGUACAUGAAAAAUUUAAUGCUGAAGAGGAGUUGAAAAAAGGUAAUAUUUUUGGGAAUGCCCAAAAUAAUAUGACUAAAAAUGUACCUGUAUUAGACCCCAAUAAAUUAAGAGAAUUUAAUUCUGAUAUUAAAAAUAUUUUAAACUAUCCUAAUCUACAAUUUAAUGGAAAUUUAAUUAACAGAAGUUCAGGACAUUUACAACAAAAAUAUGGCUACGGCAAUAUUUUUGAAGGACUAAAAAAUAAUGCUCUUAGAUUUGUGUCUAAUUCAGCAAAUAUGAAUAUUGACAUAAAUAAUCGAAAAAAUAUUAAUAAAAGUGAAGAUUCAAAUAAUAUAUUACAUAAGAAUAUUGAUAUUGGCGAGAAAAAAAAAAAUAUUUAUCGUCAUGCAAAUUUGUUCGAUUAUGAAACACCAGAAGAUAAAAAUUUUAUUAAAAUACAUUCCGAGAAUGCAGACAAAAAAUCUGAAAAGAAUAAUUCAUUUAUGACCACAAAUCCAGAUAACUAUGAAUGUAAAAUUUUUCCAGCAAGAAAUUCAUUACUUCAACUUAAAAAAAAAAAAGAAAAUGAAGGAUUUGUAAAUAAUAUUGAAGGCAAUACAAAUACAUCAUCAGCUCGUUUUAGCUUUUUUAAUUACAACGACAAAAAAGAAAAUAAUAAUGAUACCAAAGACCAAUUUGAUACAGACAAAUUGAAGGAUGGAGCAUCUCCACCUAAAAUAUUAAAAGGCAUCAUAAUUUAUAAUAAAGACAAAAAAAAAGAUAGUAAUAAAAAGUGUUCAGUACAAUUUAACGAUGUUUGUGAACUUAGAGAGUAUGAUAAAGAUGAUAAAGUAUGUCAAUUGAUUAAUAAUAAUAAAGUAUGUUUUAAGGAUUUACAAAAAAUAGAAACCCAGGAUGGGUAUAAUCCUAUAAUAAAAAAUUAUUCCAUAAAUAUGAAUGAUAGUAAAAAAGAAACAACUUUAAACAAAGAUGUACUUACUGAUAAUCUAAGUAAUGGUAAUAAGUCUAGCAACGGUCGAAAAACUUCACCAUUUUUUGGUAACCGAAAUAGUGUAGACCUUUCAAAUGAAGAUGAAGCUCCUCCAAAAAAAAAUAAUUCCAAUGAGCCAUUUAAGCUAAGUGUACAAUUCGAAGAUUUUGUUUGGAAGCAUAUUAUCUUUACGAGAGAUGAUAUUAUAGAUGAUAAAAUAAACAGUUUUAUAAGUUUUUAUGGACUUAAAAAAUUGUUUUUAAACCCAUUAAGAGAAAAAAUCAAGUAUAUGUUGCAAAAGGAUUUGCUCAAUUGGAACGUCAACAUUACCGAGAUGUUGUAG